AUGCCACCCAAAAAUUCAGGAGAUGAUUCCAAUGGUGAACCCAACCAAGGAAAAGGACCCCAGAAAGGCAGUGACAGAGUGCUUCGUAGUCAGAACUCAAAGGGAGAUGCAACACAGGGUCUGCCACCAGUCCAAAGCGACGAAACUUUAGCAAAGGAAAAGGGUACGGCAUCUGGGGAUGACAGGGGUGAAUUUUCGCGUCCGCGGGAGAGCGUGAACCAGUCAUUGGAAGCCCAAAAACAGCAAUUAAUAUCGAGGCUAAGAGAUGCGGAAAAGGCUGCCCAGAUACCCAGUUUCGAAGAACAUCUCCGCGAUCAAGCUCUGGCUAAAGACUUGAAUGAAGACGAUCGGGAUGCAGUUGUUGCUAAAGCUAACGCAGCGGUUGGGGGCAGCAGAAAAUUCAGCGCUACUGUACGCCGGAAUGCUCAUGUGCGGAGACGCGUCGCAACUUCAUUGUAUGAGGACUUCUUGUAUUAUCAAACGCCCGAAUACCGCAAUCAGUAUAGGGAGCAUAUCGAUGAGAAGAAAGGUGAAAAGAAAAGGUCCAUGAGAAAGGGACAACCGCCUGGACUCCUUACAGAGGAUUAUACUUACGACAAGCUGCUGCGCCCCAUCAUUGAUUCAUUCGAACGGGAUGGAGUCGGUACGACAGAAGAGAUAGAUUACAAGAGUAUGGGUUCCGAAAUGUUGCACGUAAGACUGCCAAGGGCGAGAAGGUUCGCAGUAGGAAUAGGUAGGCCUAGGAAUCCGCCCCUCUUGCCACCCAUAAAUCUGCAUUUGGAUCUUGAGGCUAUUGAGAAAAGAAGAAGGGAAAUAGAAGAUAAAAAUCAAGAUCAGUCUGGAACGGACGCUUCCCAUUCUGAGCGGCGAGUACGACAAUCAGAGCUCGUACCACGUCUGCCAACAGCCAAAGAUCUGAAGAGGACUCGAUUAGAGAGUGGUUUAUUCAUCGCAGCUGGAGAAACAUCAUUCGACUGGGAGACUUCUUAUGAUCGUAAGGAGCAAAAUGACGACGACGACAUGAACAAGAUGUCAGACGAGGAUUUCGAAUCUGGUGACGAAGACUCGAGUGAAGACGAAAACGACUUGUUCGCGAUCAGCUACCGCGAAUGUAGUAGCCUAGAAGACUGUCCGUGCGGUGGCAAAGAUAAGAAAAGCAUAGUUCAAAGCGCUAAGAAGAAUGCAGAGCUAUAUGAGUGUGCAAAGGAAUGUGACAAGAAGAAUGCACCUGAUGCUGUUCAUAAGUACAUUGUUAUGAAGAAGAAAACCGCGAAACUUUUCAUGACUGCACCGAAGGUUGAUGAUAACUUAGACAAGUGGAAAGCUGAGAUCAAGCCCAUGAUUGAGAAGCAGAAUACAUCAGGAGAGGAGUCUGAGGAGGAGCAAGAGAACAUUAUAGAGAACGUCGGCGAAGAUGAAACAGACUCUGAUCAGAAUCAUGAACAAGGCGAUUCCAGAGAGGAUCUGAUGGGCGGUGUGGAAGGAGAGUCCACCAUAUCGACAGAGGACCGUACGACCAACUCUAAGAUCUCUGCAUUCCCUCCCUCUUCCAACACCUCACAAACGCCCAGAUCUGGAAGAAAGACCACCAGAGCUGCAAAGGCCAAACCGCCAAGGCGGUCACAUCAUAACAGCAAUAAGUAG